AGGGAAACUGGACUCCCGUUUCCAACACCCUCCUUCCCUUCCCUCACUCACUUACCCAUGCUCCUUCUUCUACUUCUGCUCUUGCUCCUCCUCGUCCUCCUUCGAUACCAAAGCUCAAGCCCACGCUCAAGCCCAUGCCCACGCUCAAGCCCACGCCCAAGCCCAUGCCCACACCGAGACUCAGGGCUAUGGCUGGUCUUCUUCUUCUACGCUGACCAUCGUCUUCACCACUGCGACUACUCCAUCCUACUCUCUCUAGUGCCCGUCUGCGUCGUUUCUAAGCCAACAACGGUGAUUGUAGGGGGCGGUGCCCUGUGGUGGUACAGUGUCGCUGCAGAUAACGUCACGGUCGAUCGGUGCCCGAUUUUCGUGUCGGUCGUAAUCGUGGUAGGAUAUUGUUUCGAGUUUCUGAAGAGAAGGGGAAAGGGGAAGAGGGAGAGACAUGUAGUAGUAGUUGUUUGAUCGUGUGGUUAAUGGCGGGAGGUGUGUGAUUGAGUGAGUGAGUUUUGACCCUGGAUGCGCGAAGGAGGAGAAGAAGUGCUUAGUGGUGGUGCUGUGACGCAGUGUGCUCUAGAGGGGAAUUCGUUGUUUGCGGCGACGCGGAAGAGUCCAUGUCAUCAGCGGCGGAAUUUGUUGAGGGCGGUGCUCAGGAUCCCUGCGACGAUGCUUGCAGCAUCUGUCUGGAGUCCUUUUGUGACGAUGAUCCUGCCACUGUUACCAACUGCAGGCACGAGUACCAUCUGCAGUGCAUUCUUGAAUGGUCACAGCGAAGCAAGGAGUGUCCAAUGUGUUGGCAGCCACUUACCUUGAAGGACUCUAAAAGUCAAGAACUACUGAUUGCGGUAGAGCAGGAGCGAGCGUUACGACGUCACAAAACACAGGCUGCUCAAAUGUAUCAUCGACCUUCAGUCGAGGAAUAUGGGUUCGAUCGAUUCGCAUCCUAUGGGGACGAGAAUUGCAUCAUGCAACAUUUGGCGGCCAUGGCUAUGGGACGAGCUCAUCCAAUGAGCUGGAGGGAACAUAUUCGCUCUCGGCCAUCUACUACUGCUCAGGGUCGUCCGCAUUAUGUGCUUGUUUCUGGUGCACCUGCUGGAGCGCCUUCUUCCCCUGCAUCCAGUUCUCCAGUUGCAUCACCUCCGCAGACUUCCGAUAUUGAAACAUCACUUGCAACUGUCUUUUCGUUUCCGUGUUACUCUGCUCCUACUAGGGACAGUCACUCAGCUAAUUCUUCAACUCCUAGAAUCAGGUCAGAGAACCUUCAAUUAGAUGAGCACGGAACAUCUUCUUCAGAGUCUCUUGAUACCUUCAAAUCUCGUUUGGUUGCAGCAUCCACCAGGUUCCUGAUGUGCCUAUGCAUGACAGAUACAAGGAAUCUUUGACGAAGAGCACUAAAGGAUUCCGUGAAAGGUUGAGAACACGAGGUGGAAUGAUGCAAGAUAUUGGUGCUCGGGCACGGGAGAUGAGUGCUGGAGUAUGUCGAACCUGGGUGUCUGUUGAGCCAGGAACGGAUCGAACAGAUGGAUCCAACUCUUCUUCUGGACAACUGUCCAGGACCCCUCAUCCGCCGCCCGACCGUCCUUCUGAUCUCGUUGGUUCUGGCUCAGUCUCAGCAGGAUUACCGAGAAGCAACUCUGCUGUUUCUCCGAAACCCGAGCCUUGCUACUACACCUGAACAAGUAGAGGGGCAGAAGUUUAGUUCCAAAAAUAAUCUGUGGGAGUAGUUCACUUUCAAAUAAGGGCAAAUGCUGACUUUCAUGGCUACUCUGCCUGCAAAGCAGAUUCUGUGGCGGUAAAACAUGGUACACCAUUUGCAAAGUAAAUUGUAAAGAGUUAGAUCAUGCUCAAGAUCUGCGAGAAGAUAGAUAAUUUUAAGCGCGGUCUCAUAUCUUGCCAUUAGUAAAUUCUGUAAUGUGCAAUCUUGAACUGCACGUUAGUCUUUGUCAUCGUCAAUUAUAUGCUAUGUAGAUCUACAAUUCAUUAUGUCUGAAUUUUAAUUAAAUCGUUUAUGUAUCUCCGAUUCUUAUUUGUUUAC